GACCAAUCUAAAAAACCAAAAUAUUAUAUUAGAUUCGUACCUUAUCAAUGGACCACUGAUUCCCGUGAGCAAAAAUAAUAAUACAUCCUCCGCCUAUAUCUCCGGCGGCUCACCGUCGCCGGCAACCUCUCACAUUAAUAUUACUCACUCAUGCUUUACUUGCUCUAUAACUAAAUUUCCAUUUCCAUUUUAUUAUUUUUUUAUUUUAGAUUAGUUAUAAAAUUGAGAAGCUUAUUAGAAUUUAGAAUACCCAUUUUUUUUUUCAACGAACAAAAGCACACUCAAAUAAUUUUUUUCAACCAGUGUUCUGUUCCCUUGCUUCACACUCUUCUUCAACACCACAUUAACCCACUGAGUCAAAGUCUGAAUCUUUCUGCAUAACAAGCUCGUGGGUAGAGCGUGUUUUUUAGAGAGAGAAACUGUAGAGAGAGAAACUGUGUGUUUGUGUGUUAUGGUAUGGCUCAGCAGAGGCAAUCGGGAACGGAGAGGCUUGGGGUGAGGGUAGGUUCCCACGAUCUGCACCUAGGUAAUGGCUCCGGUGAUCACGUCGCCGUCGGGAUUCGCGGUGGUGUCGCCCACAAGCAGCAGCGACUCCGGCGAUCGGGGCGAUCCGACAGAGGCGCGCAUUUUUCGGUUGUGGCAAUCUUAGUUUUCCUCUUCCUCGUACUUGUCGUCACUUUCUUGGCGUUUUCUUACAUUUCUAGAGACGAAAUUAGUAACAAUGGUGAUGAUACUGAUGAUAUAAAGAAUGAUUCUGAUUUUCUUACGAAUGUACCGCGGAUAGAGAAGAAAGUUCUUGACUUUGGGCAUGCCUCUGGGGGGCAUGGCCGAGAUUCGAGAUAUUGGGAUAAGGAUGAUAGGAGAAGGGACGAUGGUUAUGAUGAGGAUAAGGAGGAGAUAAGUAGGGAUAAUGGAGAUGCAAAGUUGAAAGAUGAUGCUCCUGUAAAGACGAAUCACAAUGUAAAGUCUUCUCAGGAGGGUUCUCAGACGGGUUUAAAGCGAAAAGGAGUUGGCUUGUAUAAUGAAGCGGGGCGUCAUGAAUUGAAAAGAUAUGAAGCAGAAUACGAGGCUUCGUUGAAGAAUGUUGGACACUCCGCCGAAGUUGAUGGGAAAUUGUCGCAUGAAACUGUUAUGGAAAAGAAGAAUGUGGUAGAUGACAUUGAUGAUGAGUAUGAUGACUUUAUCGAUUCUCACGAUGCUCAAAUGGAAGAUUCUGCUGAUAGUGGAAAUAUGAGAGGGAAACAUUCUAAUUUUAAUUCACAAAAGUUGGACAACGAAGUUCACAAAGAAUCUCACGAUGAUUCUUCCGAUGUGGGAAUUGAUGACGAUAUUGCUUCCGAGGAUACUGAUGGAGAAUCUUCCGUUAGCCAAAAAAGUUCUCGGGGUGGAAAAGCAAAUUCUAAACCUGCAAAUGUUAUAAGUGAACAAACAAGCAGAAAAUCACAUCCUGAAACAAAGAGGAAAGGCAGGCGUCACAAGUACUCAGGAUCCUGUGAGAUGAAGUUGUUAAACUCAACUUCCCAACUUGUUGAACCAUUAGAAAGUCGAAAAUUUGCAAGAUUUAACUUACAAUACGUAGAGACAGAAGAGAAGCCAUCGGGAGUAGAACAAUGGGUGCCCAGAUUUGCCGGCCAUCAGAGCUUAGAAGAGAGAGAAAAUUCAUUUUUGGCACGUGAUCAAAACCUAAAAUGUGGUUUUGUUAAAGGUCCUGAAGGUUCACCCAGCACCGGAUUUGACAUUUCAGAAGAUGAUGAAAGUUACAUUAGCAGAUGCCACAUUGCUGUGAUUUCAUGCAUAUUUGGAAAUUCUGAUCGCUUGAGGACCCCGGCCACCAAGACGAUUACUCGUUUGUCAAGGAAAAAUGUCUGUUUUGUUAUGUUUACUGAUGAAGUUACAGUACAAACACUUACUUCCGAAGGUCAUGCACCUGACAGAAUGGGGUUCAUUGGCUUUUGGAAGUUAGUGGUGGUGAAGAAUCUACCGUAUGAUGAUAUGCGGCGAGUCGGCAAAAUACCAAAGUUAUUGGCCCAUCGACUUUUUCCCUUUGCAAGGUAUUCGAUUUGGUUGGAUAGCAAAUUAAGGCUGCAGCUUGAUCCUUUACUCAUCUUGGAGUACUUCUUGUGGCGAAAGGGUUAUGAAUUUGCAAUAUCCAAUCACUAUGAUCGACAUUGUGUGUGGGAAGAGGUAGUUCAAAAUAAGAAAUUGAACAAGUAUAAUCAUACGGUUAUUGAUCAACAAUUUGCGUUUUACCGGGCUGAUGGACUUGAAAGAUUUAAUGCAUCCGAUCCAAACAAGCUUCUUUCAAGCAACGUACCAGAAGGUUCUUUUAUUAUUAGGGCACACACCCCUAUGUCAAAUUUGUUCAACUGUCUUUGGUUCAAUGAAGUUGACCGAUUUACUCCUCGUGAUCAGCUGAGUUUUGCGUAUACUUAUCAGAAGCUGAGAAGGAUGAAUCCUGAAAAACCUUUUCAUCUUAACAUGUUCAAGGACUGUGAAAGGAGACACAUGGCCAAGUUGUUCCAUCAUAGGAUGGAUGAGAAGAGGACGGCUACACGCCAAAAAGGAACCUAAUAAAGCGAGUUUUUGUUGACAUUUUUAUCAAUAUAGUAGGCUUGAUAUAAUGUACAUGGCCAUUCUCUUCCACAUUUGUUGAACUUGUGAUAUAUGCUGACCAUAUGCUGCACAGUUCGGCCGACUCGAGGAUACAAUCUACACUGAUGCUGUGUCAUCCAUGCAACAUAAUUUUGUGGUUAUGUUUAUCAUAUGAUUCAUAUCUCUUGUAUUCAUCAACUUGUGACAGAAUUCAUUUGUGCCUUGGGAGACAAGCAAGCAUCAAAUGAACCCCCAACAGUCACUUCCACGACUACAGCUCCUAUUUCAUUUCUAUAUUCAAAAUUGGGAUUGUUUGUAUGUAGAAAAUUUUGAUAUAGGUCAUUCAUACUCAUGUUAGAAAUCUGACUCAUGAUUCUUAUCCCAUCCCAUUGAUUUUAUUACUUAAAUAUCACAUUUUACUUGCAUGGAUGGUUGCACAUACCUCUGUGAA